UCAUAUAUUUUUUCAGAUUUUGAAAAAGAAAUAAAAAUUUUGAAGCGGAGAUUAGUUUUUGGUCAGAAGAAUUUGAAGAGGGAUUGAGGGUCGAAAAAAAUGAGGCAAGGGCAACAAAGUAGCAGUUAUUCUUAAACCUUCUCAUGGAAAAGCAACGAAACCAAAAUCACCACCACCACCACCGUAAUCCCGACAACAAGAACCACCACCACCGCCACCAUCACCACCGUCAAACUUGGGGCACGUGGGAGGACCUUCUCCUCGCCUCCGCUGUCAAACGCCAUGGCUUCAACGACUGGGACACCGUCGCCAUGGAGAUCCAGAACCGCACCAACCUCCCCCACCUCCUCACCACCGCCCGUAACUGCGAGGAGAAAUUCCUCGAUCUUGAACGCCGAUUCACCGCCCAAUGCAACGACGCCGUUCGGGACCUUCCGGAGAACGGCGCUAUCACCGGCGACGUCGUCGAUCAUGUCCCCUGGCUCGACGAAUUGCGUAAGCUACGGGUGGCCGAGCUCCGGCGAGAGGUUCAACGUCACGACGUCUCCAUUCUGUCGUUGCAGCACAAGGUGAAGAGAUUGGAGGAGGAGAGAGAAAAGAGCGUGAAAGAGAAUGACGCAGAACGGGAUGAGAAACCAGAUCUGGAAGACUCCGGGAAACCGGAAAACGACGAAAAGAACGGAGGAGGGGGAGGAGGAGGAGGAGAACCUGAACCGGCGAAUUCUGAACCGGGGAGGCGGCUCGAUGACGAUGGAAAUGAUAAUAGUAACGAUAAUAAUAAUAACAUUAACAGCAGUAGUAAUAAGCUUCCAACGGGGACGACUCCGACAGGGAGAACCAAUCAGUUAACGAGUCUAAUUCGACCGGUUCAAGAUCCGCGGGAGAGAAAACCGGGGAGGAGGAUGCAAAGCCAGAACCGCCUCCGGUCCAGCCCGGUCCGAAACAACCGGAUCCUAGCGAGAUGGAUAAAAGAGGAGGACUCGUCCGAGUUGAGAGACUCGGCGGCCCACUCGGAAGGGGAAGGGACGAGGGAGAGCGGCGAGGUGCAGAGCUCGGCGAGCUUGACGAGGAAGAGGAAGGCGAGGAAGAGGAAGAAGGUCUCCGGAAGCGGAGGAAACGGCGAGGAAGAGGCGCCGGAGAACGACGAGUUGGCGGCGAAAUCACAACCGUUGAUUGGCCUAUUGGAGAUCAUCAAAGGACAUGAAAACAGCUCGUUGUUCGAGCGCCGUCUUGAAAGCCAGGACGAAUGGGAAAAAUACAACAGCACGGUACGUGAGCACGUGGACUUGGAAAUCAUACAAACGCGACUUCGAAAUGGCUAUUACUCUUCCCACACCAAAGCCUUCUUCCGUGACCUCUUCCUUCUCUUCACUAACUACAUCGCCUUCUUCCCCGCUCACUCCGUCCACUCACGCGCCGCCGCCCAGCUCUGCACUCUCGUCUCCGACGAGAUCAAGAACUUCAUCCAACCCCACAUUAUUAACAGCCCUCCUAAUAAUUCACUCCCACCUCCGCCACCGUCAUCACCGUCACUCAAGCCUGAUUCUUCUUUGCUUUCCAAGCACAAAGCUUCCGCUCCCAUAUUGGUUUGCCGGAAACGCACUUCCAUGUCCAACAAACCUUCCUCUGCUUCCACCUUUGCCCAUAAGGGUAAUGACCGGUUAAGCAGCGAGAAGAGGCCACCGCCACCGCCACCACCCCAGAAGAGACCACCGUCAGUUUCUGAUGAUUCCGAUGAUGAACUUCCUUCUCCUCCCCCUUCUGCUCCUCCUUCUCUGCCACCUCGGUCGAAAGAGAAGCCGGUGACUGGAGCAAGAAGCAUGAGAAGAAGCAGCAAAAACCUCGGCGGCGGCGGCGCCAUCCAGAACAAGAAGCUUCAGUCCAGCCAAGCAAGCCCUCCCAAAUCAGAUAACAAAAGCAAAGCGUCUUCAGCAGCAGAUCAAGAACAAGCAGCAUCAGCGUCGGACAAGAAGAGGAGCGCUGCAGCAGAUUUCUUGAAAAGAAUAAAGAAAAACAGUGCCGGCGAGGCGAUGAGGGGCGGCGGAAACAGCCGAGGAGGAGGCGGCGGCGGGAGAGAUCAGAAGAAGGCGACGGGUGGUGGUGGUGGUGGUGGGAAGAGUGAACAGAAAGGGAGAGAGAAGACACAGAGGCAUGUUGGUGGAUCGGGGGAGAAGAAGAGCAGUGAGAAUAAUAAUAAUAACAACAAUACAGAGAAUAGCAACCAGUCAAGGAGAAGUGUAGGGAGGCCACCAAAGAAGGUAGCAGGAGAGAGCAGUAAUAAUAAUAACAGUGCUUCAGUUUCUGCAAAACGUGGAAGGGAACGAAGUGGUAAUGGUGGGAGAGAAAAGAGGCCAAAGAAACGAACUAGGAAGUGAUAGGAUUAAUGUAAUGUCGUGUAGAUCGAGGUUAGCUUUAUGGUUGGUUUUGGAGAACUGUAUAUCUUUGUCACUCUCGACCUUAUUUAUUUGUUAGCACAAGCAGCUGUAGGUCUCAAUCCCAUCCCUUUGUAUUGGGAAAAAAAUAUGAAUACAUCCUUUUUUUUUCUUUUUUGC